AUGAAUGGACGCAAUGCACCGCUCUCACCCGUAUCUUUAGGAGAUAGUGACUGGCCCUCUUCCUACCCCAUGGACAAGGACGACCCGUAUGCCAACAGCCGCGGCCAGCUCACCUCGCCGCCCAAUUCCGGUGGCCCUGGACCCGGGCAGAUGAACGGCUUUUCGGCCGGGCCGCGAAAUGGAGGGCCCUCUCCGCCGCCCUCCAUCGGCCGCUCCAGUAUCGGCCGCUCGAGCACGGCGACAAACCUGUACGCCCCCAGCGAGGGCGGCCAAAGCGCACGCGAAAUAGAAAUGACCGAGGCGCAGCUGGGCGAGCACUAUGUCGCCCUCAGGCGCUUCUUGUCGCAGACGUCGCGCGACGGCAAGCCCGCUAACCCCGCAAACAAGGCGCGCGACAAGCUGCAGCGGCUUACCUCGGUGCAGUUUCUCGAGCUCAGUACCGAUGUCUACGACGAGCUGGUACGCCGCCAGACCUUCAGCCGUCGGCCACCCAACGCGCCGCCAGGCAGCGGUCCGCCGACCUACCUCUUGCCCGAAGACAACUUCCACCCGAAACGGAACCAAGCCCGGCAGAAGCUUGCCUCUCUCGGGCCGCCGCGUUUUCGCGAUCUCGCCACCGACGUCUUCUGCGAGCUCGAACGCCGUUUCCCCCGAUUCGUCGACGGUGAAAUUCCGCGUCUAGGCAGCCCGACUUCCAUUCGCGGUUCCAGUCGAGCGGGAACCCCGAUGGGUGGCGGCGGCAUGAACGGCUUCCCGCCACGGGGCCAGGGUCGGCGGCGACCGUCUGAAGCCGACUCCGUACGGUCACUGCGCGGUCCUGGGCCUCUGGGGCCCGGGGGCCCGAUGGGGUCGGUACCACCUUCUCCAGGCUUGCCUCCAAACGGCUAUGAUCGGCCGAUGCAGAAGCAGUCACAGACAAACACGAUCGUGCCGAACAAGAGCACGAUGGUAGAAGAGGACGACGACGCUACCAGUCCGCUCGACACAUCCAAGGCGGACGAGGAGGCGGAGGAAGCUGAGAAUGAGAAGAAGCGGAUGAUUGAUGACUACGAAUCCCAGUUGAAGGAGCUGAGAGAAAAGGUUGAGACCAUGGAGCUUGACAUGAAGCAGCAGAAGGAAGAGGCAGAUGCCGCUCUUGAAGAGGAACGAACCCGCGCAUCAGCAUCCACCGAGGAGAGCCAAGAGUCCUCCGACGUCCGCCGGGAUCUGGAAACUCGGUUAGCCGAGGCUGAAGGCCUUGCCGAGUCACUGCAGCAAGACGUGGAUCGCAUGCGCAAUGACCAUGAAGCCCAAGAACAGCAGCUUCGCGCACAAAUCGACGAUCUACAAGCGUCGUUAGCAGAGCGUCCAGAGCUAGAGGCUGGCAGUGCCGGUGGUGGUGCCGGCGAUUCAGAGCUCGCACAAGAAAACGAAGAGCUUCGACAGGCGCUCCGCGAACAGCAAGAAGUCACGGAGGAAGUCCGCAGAGACGCAGAGCAGUUCCUGCAGGAGAUGCGAAUACUGUCACAACAGAGCGGCGCAACUUACGAAAAGCAUGCCGAGCUGGAAAAGACGAUCGAGACGCUCGAAGCCGAAGUGAUAGAGUGGCGCAAUCGCUAUGCUCGAGCCAAAACCCAGAUGAGGAGCAUGCGGGCGUCAACAAUGGGGCUGCCACGGAACGAUGCAGGCAAAUACAUCCGGGAGCAGGGCUUCACGGCAAGCAACGGUCUGGUCAAGGAUGUACACGUGACGAAAUUCCAGAUAGCCGUGGACGAGCUUCUGCACCACGCACAUGUCGACGGACCGGAGCAGACGGUCGACGCCAUGAAGGCAGUGGUUGUCUCUGUCCGGCGCAUCACCAAGGAUGUCGUGGGCGGGGCAGGGCAGCAAGACGUGGAGGUAGUGCAACUGUACAGCAAGCUGAGGGGACGUGUGUCAGCCACGGCCAACAACCUGAUCACGGCCACGAAGAACUUCUCCAUAUCGGCAGGCCUGUCACCGGUCUCCCUGAUUGACGCAGCGGCAUCCAACCUGGUGGCCGCCGUGGUCGAGUUGUUGCAGACGGUGAAGAUCAGGCCAACGCCAACAGACGAGCUGGAGGAGGAGGAGGAAGAGGAGGACGGGACGAUAACACCAGUCGACUCGAGUGGCUUCUUCUCGCCACGGAGCAACGACGGGCCCAACUCAGCCACCACCGUGUCUUCGGCAACGACGCAGGACUCGCUCCCGCCACCGCCACCCUUCCAAGGACUGGGGGGAUACCGCAAUAGUACGGACUCGUCGGCGUACAGCCCGGUGAACUCGCCGCGUGAGUCGUCCAGCCAGUACGCCGGCAACUUUCCGGUCAUGAACAAGGGCCUUGGCACGAACGGUCUGAACGACGUGGCGGACCGGCGUGCCGAAGAGCUAAAGGCCUUCCUCGACGACCAGACGGCGACAAUGGUACAGAUCAUCCAGGAAAUGGUGGGGUCGAUCCGCGGCGACGCGCCAGUGCAGCAGAUCACGGACCAGAUCAACGAGAUUGCGGACAUUGUGGGCAAGGUGAUCGGCGAGACUGAGGCCAGCGGCCAUGGCGGACAAGGACUUGAUAAGCUGGUGGACUGCCGGCAACGUCUGCUGGAGGCUGGAGACCAGGGUGACGAGAUGAUGAACGACACGACGGGCCAGCAGAUGGACUGGCGGUCAUGGACGACGUCGCUGCCACCGAUCGCGUUUGAGAUUGCGCGUGAGACCAAAGAGCUGGUCAAGCGGGUCGAUCGGAUCGUGUUGGGCGAAGGGGCAGAGGAUUUCUCCUGA